AUGGAAGAAGUCAAUGAUGAAAUAUUUAUGAAGGCUGUUGAGAACUUCAAGCAGGAUCCUGAUGAUAGAGAGAUCUUUGUUAACAUGAGUUUCGCUAGGAGGAUGAUGAAUGUUGAACCAAAUUAUUAUAGCAAUUCAUCCUCUUCAGAUGGGGAAGAGGUCGAUGAUAUGUUCUUCCUACUAAUGUUUGUUCAGAGUAAAAACAACUAUAUUCCUAAGGAGCAUCAACGUAUCUCUAUGUUGACUAGUGAUGCAUUUAAAAAAGAGAUAUUGAAUGGCAAUCCUCGAACAUGUUAUGAGUUAUUCGGCAUGGAUAGGCCAACAUUUACAAGUCUCUGUAACUAUUUGAGAACACAUAAGUUCUUAACAAACUCACACUGGAUCACAGUGGAGGAAGCAGUUGGUAUGUUCCUAUUAAUAGUGGGACAUAAUGUGAGGAUAAGGGUAAUAGCAGAUCAUUUUCAACACUCAACUAAGAUAGUGGAUAGGCAAUUUAAGGAAAUUGUAAGAGCAAUAUGCCACUUGGGAAAAUUUAUUAUACGUCCUUCUCAAAGCAAUGAAGUGCAUCCACGUAUUGCUAACAAUACCAAGUUCUUUCCAUAUUUCAAGAAAUGUAUAGGCGCAAUUGAUAGAUCAUAUAUCAGUGCAUGGGCUCUAGCAUCAAAGCUAGUUAGCUAUAGCAAUAGAAAGGCCACAAUCACCCAUAAUAUAAUGUGUGCAUGUGAUUUUGAUAUGAAGUUUACAUUUGUUUACACGGGUUGGGAGGGUACAGCCAAUGACUCACGAGUAUUCUUAGAUGCACUUCAAAGGUGGCCAUUAUUUAGUGGAUUCUGGUUAUCCAUGCACCUUGGGGUUUCUACCUCUUACCAUAUUGAGAGAUACCAUCUACGAGAUUUUCGAGGUUGGGAUCGUCCUGAAGGUGCUAAAGAGCUUUUCAGUUAUAGACAUUCCUCUCUUUGUAAUGUAAUUGAAAGAUGUUUUGGCAUUUUAAAGGCACAAUUUCCAGUCUUAAAAAUGAUGCCCCGUUAUAAACCAUGUCGACAAGGGAAUGUGAUGAGAGCUUGUUGCACAAUUCAUAACUUCAUUCGAAUGACAACAAGAAAUGAUCGCUUGUUUACUCAAUUUAAUAUUGAUAACCUUACUGUUGAAGGUGAAGGUGGGGAUAAUUCGGAUGAGUCAUCGCACACUGUUGACUUAAUUGAUUAA